GCGGAGGGGCUAGAAAUAAUAUAAUGAUGUAAUGAAAGCAAUGCUUUUGUUAAGGAAAACACCUCUUUAAACUAACGUACGGACGUUUUUCACUGAUGCACAUUUCCUGUUUCCUAGCAACAAGAGCAGGAAGUGAGUGAGUCGAGUGGGAUGGGGGAAAAGACAAUUGGUAAAAAGGGGGACGAACACGCCCGUCCUGAAACUAAAAUAAAGUGAACGGAGUGCCAUCACUACUUGCACCAACUUCACACAGGGAGACUGCAACAUUCAAUUUCAUCCAGUGCCUGCGCUUGCAUCAUCUUACCAAUGAUGUUUUUCCAAUGGAAUGGAACAGAUUGUAUUCUCAGCUAAUUUUUUGAAUGUUGCCUUUACGUUCAGACCUCUCAGAACAGGCCAAUUUGAUAAUAGCGAGGACAGGUGUGUCCCUCACACUCAUUCAAACUGGCUCUUGUUGACAUUUCUUAUCAUUAUACUAUACCACUAUGGCUAUGCAAGAGCCAGGCCGGACCAAAGGCUUUUCGUGUAGACAUUGUGGUGUAGUAUGUGCAAGCAUGCCCAAUCUUUUGGAGCAUACUGAAACUUUUCAUCAUUCAGAAGAGGAACGGAAGUUCAAAUGUGAUGAAUGUGGACGAGGCUACAGGCAUGCUGGCAGCUUGGCUAAUCACAGAAAAACACAUGAGGUUGGCUCUUUUCAGUGUCAUAUAUGCUCCAGGAAGCUCUCCAAUGCAUUGGCUCUCAAAAGUCACCUGCGCAUCCACACGUCUAGAAAGAAAUACUCUUGCACAGAAUGUGGAAAGGCUUUUCGCCUUGCAACUCAGCUGGUCACCCAUCAAAAGGCCCAUCGCAAUAAAGAGUCUCAAAUCAGGACAAAGGAUUCUGCAAAUAGUCUUAUUGAAAGUAAUUAUAAAGAUGUUGAGUUGCUGCAUCUAGAUGAGAUGGAUUUUGACAUUAUACCAGAUUUGCAGCCAGACAUGAAGCUAAAUAUUGCUCCAACGAGCAGCCUUAGUAAUGAUGCAGUGUCAGAACACAUUUCAAAUGCCACCACAGACAGUGACAUGGCAGCUGAAGAUGAUGCUGGAGACAGGCCGUUUAAAUGUGACUUGUGUGACAAGACAUACAGACAUCAUGGCAGCCUCAUAAAUCAUAAGAAAACUCAUCAAAUGGGAGUAUUUGAGUGUCCAGUCUGUUUUAAACAGUUCAGUAAUCUUGCUGCACUUAAUAGUCACCAGCGAAUCCACAGUAAAACCCGUGGUCGUCUCAGUGUGCAGACCUCUAAAGCUGCCCUCACAGACUGCAAGCAAGAACUUGCCCCUCAUGUUAUGUCACAGAAUGGUGAUGCUAAAAUACAUUUUUGUCACCUUUGUCAGGUUGCUUUUACUAAUGGUGAUGAGUUUCAAAAUCAUAUUCUGUUGCAUAACUCCUCCUCUGUGUCAUUUGAGCUCCCUACCAACUUGUCAGAGGAGCACAGUUUCUCUUACAAUGAUAGUGUUACUCAUUCCCCAGAGUCUAAUCCUUAUCCCACAUCUAGUGACACUCCACCAUUGCCUCCGUUACUCGAUAAAUCUGUUGAUUAUGGCCAAUCAGAUGGGCCAUUGGAAAAUGGUCAUAUUUAUCUACCCAACUCUUUAGAUGAAAAUCCAUUGACUCUGCAUGCUCCGGGACAGCCAGUGGCCCUACCAUCAGAAAACCUCAACCCUGAUCAUUUAGGACAGGGUACUGAUAACAUCAAAGUAGAAGAUGCUGACAGUUCUGUCCGCCGAUUCAAGUGCAACAUCUGUGGCAAAAGCUACAGGCAUGCAGGCAGUCUUAUAAAUCACAAACGAUCCCAUCAAACCGGGAUCUUUCAGUGUUCCAUCUGCCGCAAGAACUACCCACAUUUGGCAGCUCUGCGAAGCCACCUUCGGAUCCAUAAGGGGAGGCCCACAUCUUUGCCUGCUAGUUCUGAGGGUGACUGGCUUUCCUCAGAGCCCUUGACGCAUGAGAACCAACAGAACUGUUUUCCAUCAAAUGAGGAAGAUGUAAGUGGAAUAUUAGGCCUUCCUCAGGACCUGGUAGAUUCUGUGCAGCAUAAAUCUGAUGACGAGCAUGUGAAUGAGACGAAUGCUACUGAAUUUCAUGAGCAGUUUGACAAUUCCUUCACAGAUGGGCACCUACCUCAGGAUGAACACCUCAUGGAGAGGCACAUGUGUGCUGACUGUGGUAAGACAUUUACUGAUAUUGCAGGAAUCAAGUCACACAUGUGUCCCCUCCUAAAUCAGCAGUAUCAGACCAUGAUGAAUGGCUCACCCGGUCACAUGGACUUUCAUAACACAAAGCAUCAACAUUUCUUAGGAGAGUCAGGUGAAGAUGUUGGUUUUGAGGGACAUGACGGCAGUGCAGCAGAGGCCUAUUUUAGACAGCAUACCUUUAUUGACAACAUUCAUAGUCAGAUGAGUGACAGUGAAGAUGAUGAAGAAGAGGACGAUGGAGAGAUGUAUCAGUGCUCAGUGUGUGGGAAUCACUAUACUAGCAUGCGUGCACUGCGAAGCCAUCUCAGAGGUCAUACUCAAACUCAUGCCGCACCUUCAGCAUGUGGCCCAUCAUCAUUGUCUUCUCUAGAGGUCAAGAAAGAUGAAACGAGUGAAAAUCAGCAGGGUGACUGCAGUCUGAUUAUCUGCAGCACUUGUGGAGAGAGCUUUACAAAGAAACAGGACCUACAAGCCCACCAGCUCCUGCAUAGCAGUAUGGAAGAUAAUCUGCAAGAACAAUUUGUAUCCAACCACCAGAAUGAGCUCAAACCAAAAGUGGAAAUCGAAAGUAUUAUUUGUGGGAAAUGUGGCAUAAGCUGCAGCGAUAUUUAUCACCUCAGUAACCACAGCUGCACAGGACAACGAGAUGGACAAGUGGGGGAGAAAUGUGGGGAGAAACCGCUUCUUAGAAGUGCAUUUGAGCAAGAACUUUUGCAGAAGAGUUCACAUGAUGGAGAGCACCAGUACAAGUGUGACCAAUGUGGUCGUUCGUACAGACAUGCUGGAUCAUUACUCAAUCAUAAGAAGUCUCACAAAACUGGAGUGUUUCGCUGCUUUGUUUGCCAAAAGCGUUUUUAUAAUUUGCUGGCUCUCAAGAAUCACCAGAGGACACACUUUGAUGUUAAAAAGCAUAGAUGCACAGAAUGUGGAAAAGCAUUCAAAAUCUAUAAACAACUGUUGAAUCACCAGAAGGUACAUCAGGAAAACAAGGCUAAGAUUGAAGAGCUCAACAAACAAAUUCAGAUACUCAUGCAGAUGAGUGGGAAUGCCUCAGGGAGUGGAAUGCAGGCACUUAAUUCCAGCAGAAAGAGAAUGAGCAGACGCCUUAAGCAACGGCAGACCUCUAACAGUGAUCAGUCUAGCCAAGAAAAAGAGGGCCAGAUGAGAGAUCCCAGGGACCCUCGCCCUUUUGUCUGUGAUCAGUGUGGGCGAAGCUAUCGACAUGCAGGGAGCUUAGUCAAUCACAAAAAUUCGCACAAGACAGGUGAAUAUUACUGUGCUUUGUGCAACAACACUUACUCCAACCAGCUAGCAAUGAAGAACCAUUUACGAAUACACUUUGCCAUCAAAAGACACCGCUGCCAAGACUGUGGAAAGGCCUUCAGGGGAAACAAACAGUUACUCAACCACACAUGUUCAACCAAUAAAAGAAAUGCAGCAGCAAGAGGAAAGGUCAGGGGCCACAAACAAAAAAAGGAUUUGACUUGCAAGCAGUGCCGUCUUGUAUUUCCAGAUACUGAACUACUUGAAGGACAUACCUGUAGCAAAGAGACUGCUCCUGAUUCUGUCCCCCCAGGAGAUGUAGAUGAUGACGAUGAUGCGGACCUAGAAAAAGAGGAACGACCAUUCAAGUGCAACAUUUGUAGUCGCAGUUAUCGUCACGCUGGUAGCUUGUUGAACCAUAAGAACACUCACAAAACAGGCCAUUUCACCUGCUCCUUCUGUGCCAAGCCCUUUUCCAAUCCCAUGGCUUUACGAAACCACACACGCAUUCACACGCAGAAGAAAAAGUAUGUCUGUCCUACUUGUGGUAAAUCUUUCCGUCUCUCCAGUAUCCUGUACAAUCAUCAAAAAAUCCAUGCACGGGGAGUAACUCAUUACAGCUGCCAAACAUGUGGCAAAAGCUUCCAAGGAAAGUCUGGGCUAAAGAGACAUCGCUGUUACCGAAAUGGCAGUCCAAGCUCUACUGUAAAUCAGGAUGGCAUGGACAAAUGCUACACGUGUGAUCAGUGUGGACGCUCUUAUAGACAUGCCGGUUCCCUUCUCAACCACAAGAAGUCUCAUUCUGCUGACCUCCUCCACUGCACUCUCUGCCUCAAAACAUUCAUGAACCCUCUGGAUUUAGAGAGCCAUUCUCAAAUGGCUCGCCACUGCUGCCCAGAUUGCGGAAAAACCUUCUGUGAGUUUGCACACCUGCAGAGCCACAUGGAGGUGCAUAGUAAGGAACUCCCCUAUUAUUGCAACAUGUGUCAACAGAACUUCCCAAACCUGGCUAGUUUUCAGCAGCACCAGGAGCUCCAUGGCAGCUUGCAGGGGCAGUCACACCAUGAGCAAGGUAUGCAGAUGCAGCAGGAUUUAGGCUGGGACUCGGCACUAGACCAGAAGAUAGGAAUUCAGAGCCUUCCUAAGAUCGAUUCAGCCUUCAGCCGAGCGCACGGAUUCCCUGAGCCUCAAGACCAGCAGGAAAGUAGCAAGGGACACGGUAGGAAAGAGAAAAGUCAUGUGUGUGAGCACUGUGGGCGCACUUACCGCCACGCUGGUUCACUGCUCAACCACAAGAACAGCCACAAGACGGGUUCCUUCUUCUGCUCGGUCUGCCAAAAGGAGUUCACCAAUCUCAUGGCGUUGAAGAAUCACCGGCGCAUUCACACAGAACCCAAACGCUAUCAGUGCCUGGAGUGUGGCAAGGCCUUCCGGGUCUCCACCCAGCUUAUCUGCCACAGGCGCAUCCACACCAAAGAGAAGCCCUUCUCCUGCCUCCUUUGUGACAAGCAUUUCUCUAGCAAGUCCAACCUUCGGCACCAUCAGAAGAUGCAUCAGAAUACCCAACAGACUUACGAGUCCUCCUUCAACGUGGAUGAUAAUGCGUUCAUGGGACUGGGUGUGGACCCUUUCCUCUAAGGCCACGCUCCAGUCUUGCCGCUCCAAGGGAAGAUUUCAAAACAAUAUUCUAUUACAAGACUCGUUCUCCACCCAAGGCCCAAUGCCAAUAAUCGUACAUCAGGUUUUCUGCUGUACUUGUCCAGAUGGUGUCGCACACAGAUGCUAAUCUCGGCAAGACUUGCCUCCUUUACGGUUGUGUCUUUAAUGGACACUUAAGACUGGCAUUGAUAAGAUACUACCUCUGGUAGGGACAGUAAUACUGUAGACAUUUUAGAAUAAGUGACAGUGCCUGUCAGAGACCAUUUUAGAUUUUUAUUUUAUUUCAAUUGUUUUGUGUCCCCAAACAGUGCACAAAUUGUUUGGUACUAUGAUAGGUCUCAGACUGAGAGCUUGGAUGAGUAUUUCUGUCCAGACUCUUACCUAGUGCUGCCUUCAAGAGCCUGACCGAUUAUUUGGCGUAAUCGGAGGGGGAACAAAACAAGCUGUUAUUAUUUUUAAAGGUAUUAUGGGGAUAAUAGGAUACAUGCUAUCCUUCUAAUUAUGUUUGUAUUAAGUGCUUCCAUAUUUUCAGGUUAUCGUACUGCUCAUGGUAGAUGUGUUGUAAUGAUCGUCUCAUUAAGACCAACAUACUCCUGAUGUUCCUGCAGUUUCAUAAUGGAUGACACUGGUAAGGCUGUUAAACAGCAACCUUCACUUAGGCCUGUCUUGUAGAAAAUCUCAAAGAUAUUUAUUUAUUUAAAUAGAACUAUUUAAACCUUACAUUAAUAUUUGAAAUGUAAGCAUAUUUCUUGUCUUUAAUACUGUUAAAUGUGGUACACAUUAUGCAUGGUAUUAAAUGUGUGAUAAAUGCUAGAUUGGUCGAUUAUGUAAGUAUUCUAGAUAAUGGUUGUAAUCACUUAAGAAAUACCUCUUUAAAAGCGUUCACAACAGCAUAUUAGAAAGAACAAUAAACAUUUCAGUUUUCUUAGUGCAUACUUUUCUAGUAAAUGUUUUAUGAAGUGGAAGUAUGUUCAAGAUUUUGGAGCACAAAAAAUUAAUGGACCC